AUGUCAGAAGCAGAGUACCUGAUAAGUAGUAGGGCCCGGACCCUGAGCACAGUACAGAAAAGGAAGAUCAGGAGAGGGAGAAGACGGGAACCAGACAGUUCCUCUCUGUCUGGAGGAAGUGAGAUUACUCCAUCUCCCGGACACCCCAUUAACCAACACAUGAUCAAGAUAUUUAAUGACAUGCAAGCUUUUCAGCAGUCAGGUAAUGAGCUCCAACAUGUCCUACGCCUCUUCCACCCCCAUGGUGAACAACAUGACAGUCCACAGAACAACAAAAAUCUGAAGAAGCCGAACAUUAAUCCGAGACUCAUCGAUCACCUCUUUCAUAAUCAGUUGCGUAUCCAAGAUGAGUUCAGCAGAGCGGGGCAACUCUCACCUAGGCAGAUAUCUCCACUUCUAGCUCCUUCUCCUGUUGCUGUAUUCACUCCUAAUAUGGUCACCUUAUCUCCUCCAGUCCUCAACUCCUCCAUUCCUCAUAUUACAACAGGACAGCCGGCGGUUUCGCCUGUUCCCGUUAUGAAUCACGCCACAAAUACCACUCAAUCUACCGACUCUCGGCAAUACUUUCACUUCCCGGAUCCGGCUGCUGUUGUGAAUCAGGAGUUUGAUCACGUGCCUCCGGGAAUAAAUCAUGCUAUUCUGGGUUCAGGUCAGGUGACGAAACAAAGUUCUGCUCGACAAACUGUAGGUCAGUUGAAUCAUGCGAGUGAAACGGCCAAACAGAAACAAAAACAUGUUCAUUAUAGUGAAAUGCCGGUUGGUCGUUACAUUGUGGGCAACAAGCAAAAUAGUGGUUACUUUGAGCCUGGAACCAAAGCCAACGAGACGAGACGAAUAUUACAAACCGACCCGAACUUCAUCAGAUGCAUUCCUGACACGACCGGUCCAACAGAUUUAAUGGGAUUCUCUAAAAAUAAAGUCAAUCUUGUAAAUUUACCACCUUUAGCCGUCUCAAACCAGGGUGGCUGGAAAGAAGAGUACCAUGAACUAGCCAAACAAACUCGUGAGGGAAACUCAAAAGAAGCGUUUUCCAUAACUAAGGUCCAAGAUAAGUACCCCCACAUCUCGGAAAUGGUACCGUACGCUAAAUUGCAGCCGUCUCCUCUGUCCUCAUCUCCUGCCAGUUCCAUUAAGAACUCUCCGACUCUAUCGAACAGGAAAGUUCCUCAAGGACUUCCACAAGGAGACACAAGGAAUAGGAGAAAUGGUCCUAAAAUCAUAGCUAGACAACGAGGAAUGUCACCCACCAGUUCUAAUGAACAACUUUUUGAGAACGAACAUGGUCAAGUGGUCGUAAGGAAUAACAGAAUCAACAGAUACGUGGACAAUGCUAAAAAACUCUCGUAUAUAAAGGAGCAUGAGAGUAGUAUGUCCGGAGAAAGUCUAGAUGUCACUGGAACUCAUAAGUUUGGGAGCAAUAAAACCCUGAAACGAUCCACUGAACUGGAUGUACAGGAGGAGAAUGAAGAUGAAAAGUAUUUACCAGAUUUAGUUAAGGAAAUCUUCUCUGAAAUGGAAGGGACUGAAAGAAGAAAACCACCGACAGGAUCAUCAUCACAGAACCCUAAAUCUGCAACCAAGAAAACUUCCCAAGACUCUGGCAAUCCACCAAGUGACUCGUCGGACACUUCAAAACCCAAUACUUUGCCCAGAAAGGGCACAAACUUGGGAGCAAAGGCACUGAGCCAUAAAAAGAACUCCCCCCAACUGGAAGCAGUAAGGAAGAUGGAUGCAAUGAAGAAGAUAGGACACAAAACUCGGAAGUAUGAUGCGAAGCUGGAGGACGAGGAGGACACCGCAACUCUCAAAUUCGACAGAAAGACGAAAACUUGGAAACUGGAAAUGAAGAGUGCUGUAAAUGCUCAGCUAUUCAUACAAGAGUUGAACAAAAAGGUAUUGCAAGUGCAGAAAAGUAAAGAAGAACAGCCUGUCAGAAAGAAAUCAAACGAGGAUGUAAAAAAGAGCAAGCAAAUGAUAGCUAACCCCAACUACGUGGUCGGUGGGGCUGAAACACCCUUCGUUCCAAUAUUGGACCCCAAAGCGCAUGCUCUGACAGACGCAGAGUGCAGUCCGAUGAUACAGCCGAUACAAAACAGAUUUCCAGGCACCAGCAACUCUGGCAGUGGCUCCGGCUUACACCUGGCCCCCGGCAAGAAGCCCCCUCACAUUGGUUACCCUCCAGAGGACCACUCAGCGGAUGAUUCCUCAGUCUCCGGAUACCGCAUUGAGUCCCCACAGUAUGAAAUGCCCAAAUUUCCAGACGAAAACCUAGAAGUAGAAACUCAUCAGCUGACUUGUCCUGAAACUGCCCUGCACAGGUACAAGAGAGAGAAGGCUAAUUACGAGUGCCUGGAACGAUCAGGAAAAGAAGUCGUAAAAGGGACAGAAGUGUCUAAGUUAGAAACAGAUGGGAAUGAUAUUACGUACCAGGGUCCCGGGCACAGCCUCAACCAAAGCUUGGUUGAGGCUAAUAAAAAGAUGGCCGUUACCAAAGUAUCCUUGACAGUCAAUGCAACCAUCAACGCAAAUCUUAGCCCCAAACUUGGGAAUUGUUCCCAACAACUGGGUCACUUGAGUCCCCGGCAUCCCAGCCCUCUGGUCCGCCCUCAUCCAGUGAUGAGCCCCUCCCACCCAGCGUUCCAGGAGGAGCCGUUCUUGUACGGAGACGACAGAAGUUUUCCCAGAAGCCCAGGCUGCGAAGUCGGCUGCAUGCCGUGCCUUGUGACACCUCACGCCAAACUAUUGAAGGAGAUUGGACCGAGAGCCGAGGACACAGAGUCUCUGUUACCAGCCCUGCCAGCCCCGGUGCCGGCGUCUCCCAACUCUCAAAUCCUGGACCCCGACUGGGAACUGAGCAGCAGCGGUAGUGAUGAGGAGAGCUUCUUUUCUGACGAGGAUGUCGGACUAAUUUCGAGGAGGAAAAGCAGUGCAGAUUCAGUAGGAAUAUUGGACAAUUUUACUGAUAGGUUUAUGCAGUUUUUGGAAGAAAACAAAGACUCUGAAGUUUUUGGAAACGCUGCCAAAUUCCUUAUCGAAAAAGCUGAAGAAAAUUCAGCAGACAGUGGAAACUCUGGAGCGGAGUCCGCAUUAGAGGAGGAACCUUACAUACCUCAAAGGAAGAAGAUUGCUGAUGAUACACUGUUAGCGCUAUUCAAGAAAGAGGAACAUAGAAAAUCGGAGGGGAACAGUGUACCCAGAGGUGAACAGGCGGUAAAUGGAGCGGGAACGGUGAGGAACGCACCGCCGCCCCAAUACAACUCACUAGCAGAACUAGCAGGGGCAAAGAAACAAGCAGCUCUACAAAAACACAGAGAGUGGGAGGUAAAGAAGGCCGCAAGAAUGGGAGUCCCAGUGGAAUCUCUCAGGAAUAGUGACGGAGUCGGGAGCCCCGGUUCAGCCGGAAGUAUGGAAAAACGGAAACACAUGAGGACAAAACGACGGGGCAUCAACGACAAAAAAAAGAAACCUUGAAGAUGAUAUCCGACGAUUUUUUUUCCCAAAUAUAAUAAAGACAUGUCAGAUAGUUGAAUUCAUAUGGCUGAACUUUUCUCAACGAGCUGUAGGGAAA